CAACAAUGUCAGCGUCCUACGGGAGUAGAGCACGUAGAGUUGCUUGUAAGUUGCUGGCAUGAUUGCUGGUGUUAGUGGGUAGCGUAAUAAUGCACGAAUAAAACAUAAUGUCUAAAAUUGUCGAAAAGACAGUGAAUUCUCUUCAGGCUUACGUUAGUCGAAACAUUCUGAGGGGAGAGUUUCUUCUUCAAGACUUCACGUUAGAAAUCGCCUCUGCUGCAUCGAAAGAGGAUGAAAACGAGAUCAUCGCCAGAAAGCUGUCGGCUUUGGAGCAAGACAUGAAAGACUGCUUGAAAGUGGAACGUAUUGAGGAGUACCUUCUUCAGGCCAUGUACCUGGAAAUGCUGGGAUAUCCGACUCCAUUUGCGUAUGUUCAUGCCGUCAAGCUUCUACAGCAAGGACAACUUAGCCAAAAGCUUAUAGGUUAUCUGGCAACGACUGUAUUUUUAGAUCCUAGUCACGAACUAGUUGUACUGCUAAUCAACAGCAUUCAGAGGGACCUGACAAGCAAAGUUUCCCUUGUCGUUGUCAUGGCGCUUGAAAUCAUACCAAGGCUUAUUCACGGUGAGUUUGCCGUGGCUGUCCAACCACUCGUAAUUGAGAAGACGGGACAUUAUAGCUCUGCUGUGCGCAAGGCGGCACUUGUAGCACUUCAGCAUUGUUACUCCCAGUGUGGUUCCACACAGAUUUCAUUGGCUCAUGUGCGGAUCUUGGAAAAAGGACUAGCUGACCCUGAAGUAAAUGUGGUGUCAUCGGCAGCUCAAUGUAUUCGAGUGUGCGCCAAGGACAGUGGGGCUGAAAUCGAUCAUCUGUGUGCUCCUUUGCUGGAUGUGCUAAGCCAACUCAGGUUGAAGAGGGUGAACAGUGAUUACGAGUUUGGAGGGAUCUCGGCGCCAUGGCUCCAACUGACGCUUCUCGGAGCCUUAGGUCAUCUACAACUUGACGCAGAGCAAACGAAGAAUGUACUAAGCACACUGAAGGAUAUAUUGGAUUCGAAAAUCGUUAACCAGACCAUCUAUUAUGCCAUACUUUGGGAGUCCUUGAACACGCUUUCCAAAGUCCUUACAACUGGCAGCGCUCUUCAGAAGAGUGCGAUCAACUGCAUUGCCAAAAUGCUUCACUCAAACAGCACUGAUCUGAAUUACGCAGGUGUCGAUGCACUAGAACGAGUCCUUGCCAAGUGUUGUCCUUCAGAAGCGAUCACGUGUCAAGACGUCAUCAUCGACUGUCUUCACCACCCUGAUGAAAGUGUCCGGAUCAAGACACUCAACCUCCUCAUCACUAUGGCCAAUGCCACCAACGUAGCGGCCAUUGUGAAUCGCGUUAUGAAGUAUGCCUCGACGUCCGUGGAUUGCACGGUUCGGUCAGUUCGUAUGUGAAAAGAUCGUUCAUCUGCUGAAGCUAUAUUUGGACGACAUCAGGUGGUGUGCGACAACCUUCGUUAAUCUGCUACUCAUUGCCCCCAGUCACAUAACAGAAGCGACAGUUCUCGACUUCAUUAAUAUAUUUAAAAAAG